AUGAAGACACUUGUCCUCCUCUCUGCCCUUGCCCUGCUGGUCUUCCAGGUCCAGGCUGAUACUAUCCAAAACACAGAUGAAGGGACUAAAACUGAGGAGCAGCCAGGGGAAGAGGACCAGGCUGUGUCUGACUCCUUUGGAAGCCCAGAAGACUGUGCUCUUCAAGAUGCAGCCCGAAGAAGGUCUUUGCUGUGCCCACAGUGCCCGAGGUGCCAGUCGUGCCCACUGUGCUGGAGGUGCCUGAGGUGCAAUUGCAAUCCAAAAUAAACCUACAAUUGGCACCAAAGUUCCAAAUAAACAGCACAAAUUCUGCUGCAGCUGAGCAUAGAAUCCGGGUCAAGAUUACCAUGUUCUCUUGAACCUCACUAUCUGUCAAGACCCUUGUGCUUAGCCUUGAUUGC